AUGGACAUAAUGUGUAGAGCUAGUUGUGGAAAGACUGAAAAUUGUCGAAAAACAUGUAAUCGCUGUAAAGAACCUAGAGCUUGGGCAUGUACAAAAACAAGGGGAAGAAGUGCUAAAUUGAAUAAUAAUACAAAAAGUUUUGUUUCUGGUGGGCAAUGUGCAAAGAAAACGUGUUACAAUGAAAAUCAGUGUUGUCAACAAUGGAGUCGAAACGGUGUGUGUACAGAUAGCCCUGAUUGGAUGAAAUGUAAUUGCCCUAUAAGUUGUGGAAGUUGUCUUCCAAGGAAUUUUACCUAUGGAGCCUGUUCUGACUACUAUAAAAGAUGUAAAGCUUGGGCAAAUGCAGGGGAAUGUGCUAAAAGUGAUUGGAUGAAAGAAAACUGUCGGUUAAGCUGCCAAACGUGUUUAAAGGAUGAAGAACUUGAAUCGGUAAAAAUUCAGAAAUUAAUAAAAAAAUAA